AAUAAAUGUGUCUGUACAGUAUUCAACGUUUAGAUAACAAUGUUCUUAAAUGUAUUUUUAGUUUUCCUCCAAAACUGCAUUACUGAUACCAAAGGUAUUUUAGGGUACAACAGGAAGGCCCCUCCGGUUAAAGAAAAAAACACACUGAAACAUUGAAAACACUUGUUUAUCACUAUAUAUUGCAUAAGUGAUAGAGGUCAUUUACCGGAGAUCUAAAGAUUGUUUUUGAGCAGGUUUCAGACGGGACGUCCAGUAGAUCAGUAAGCAUGUUGACUGCACUGGUUCUGUUGUGUCUCGGAGCCGUUCUUCUGUACUUGCAGUUCAGAAUUCGGCGACCCAAAAACUUCCCCCCUGGACCCACUCCUGUUCCAUUUUUUGGAAAUUUGCUUCAACUAGACCGCACAAACCCGAUAAAGGACUUUGACAAGUUUGCUCAGCGCUAUGGGUCAAUCUAUGGGAUAUUCAUUGGUAGCCAGCCGGCAGUGGUGUUGACAGGUCAGAAAAUUAUCAGACAGGCACUGAUCACACAAGCGGCGGAGUUUGCUGGCAGAUCAGACAACAUGAUGGUCAGUCAUGUAACAAAUAGCAAAGGGGUGAUCAUGGCAAAUUAUGGAGAAAGUUGGCGAGAACAUCGACGCUUUGCUCUGACCACACUGAGGAACUUUGGCCUUGGAAAGAGAAGUAUGGAGCAGAGGAUUCUCGAGGAGGUCAAAUAUAUCUGCUCACAUUUAGAGGAAUCUGCUGGAAAGUCAGUUGACCCUGAACAUCUGUACCACCAAGCUGCUUCAAACAUCAUUGCCUCAAUCAUUUUUGGGUCACGUUUUAAUUAUCAGGAUGAAUAUUUCCAGACAUUGAUCACAAACAUCGAAAAAAUUACUAAGAUUUCCAUUGGACAAUGGGCAAUGCUAUAUGAAAUAGCUCCAAUGUUAAGGGUUUUGCCACUGCCAUUCUGCAAGGCUUUUCAGUAUUUUGGGGGAAUCAAAAAUCACAUUCUUAAAGUUGUGGAUGAGCACAAGAAGUCACAUGUUACUGGGGAGCCCAGAGACCUGAUUGACUGUUACCUGGAGGAGAUGGAGAAAAGAGCAGAUCAAGGCACCACAUUUGACGACUCACAGAUGGUCACUUUGCUGUUUGACCUGUUUGCGGCUGGAACUGAAACAACCUCGAACACACUCCGAACUUUAACGCUCUAUUUGAUGACCCACACUCAUAUACAGGAACAAUGUCAGCGUGAGAUUGAUGAAGUCCUUGGUGAUCGUGAACAUGUCACAUUUGAGGACAGAAACGCCAUGCCUUACGUUCAAGCAGUGAUUCAUGAGGGUCAGCGUGUUGCUGACAUUAUUCCUCUUAGUAUGUUUCACACCGCCACAACCAACACUCAGCUCCAGGGCUACAACAUCCCAAAGGGGACAAUUAUCAUCCCCUAUCUGUCAUCUGCUCUCAGAGAGGAAAGUCAGUGGAAGUUUCCCCAUGAAUUCAACCCUCAAAACUUCUUGAAUGAUAAGGGGGAAUUUGUGAAGCCUGAUGCAUUCAUGCCUUUCUCUGCAGGAUUUCGUGUGUGUUUAGGAGAAAAUCUAGCUCGCAUGGAGCUCUUCCUCGUCCUGGUCACGGUGCUUCAUCGAUUUCGUCUGGUCUGGCCAGAGGAUGCAGGAGAACCAGACUUCAAACUUAUAUAUGGUGGUACACAGUCAGUGAAACCUUACCGUCUGACUGUUCAACUACGUACAUCGGGGCAGACUUGUGAAUCUGUUUUCUGAACAUAUGUUACCCUUCAGUGACAACAUGCCCCAAUAGUGGGUUAUGUUGUCACUCUACAUGUCACGCAGGGGUAAACUAUGACAUUGGCAUCUGCUAUUAAACAGAUACUAUUGUUAGCUUUUCUGCAAAAGUGAAACAAUUAUGAUGCACAAGACAUUAAAUAUGCAAGUAAAUUGACGUUGUAUAAAAUUACAACCUAUUACACACAAGUGAAAACAUGCACAAACAAUUAUAAACAAAUAUGUUAAACCCAAUGGGGUUUUAUUGUGUUGGCUUAUUUACUCAACAUCUACAGAAAAAUAAAUUGUCAUUUUUUAACCGUUUAAACCAAAAUACAAAAUUACUGCCAGGAAAUUUAAUUACUGAGAUUGUAGCUCUUGUGCCAAUUAGCCCGUCUCUUUAUAUUCAUGUUAAUGUUGAAACUUUGAUCACAGCAAUUGGAAGCUUUAUUGCAUUUAGCCUCUUUUAAUAAUUAUUUACAACUGUUCAGCAGAACUAUUAUGCAAUCAUGAGACUUCCACUGGUAGUGUCUUAAAUAAUCAUUCUUAAUUAAAAAAAAAAAACAUUUUAAUACAAAUAAAAUGUAAUACCACUGACAAUAAUAUUGCAAGCUGCUAGAAAGCUCAGCAUAAGGAAUAUAUGGUUUGACUACAAAAGAACCGAAUGUACUGGCUAUGAAUUAACGUGAAUUAUAUUGUAAAAAUAUAUAUAUAUUUAAAUGAAACAAAAAUAUAGCUCUUUAGUACAAAACAUCCAAAGGCACGAUUCCUCUUCUUUUACAUUCAUGUGUUCUUCCAGCUGCUGUUAACAAAGAAACAGUGAAAGUUGAAAUUUGAGCAACAUAGAAGCUUACACACCGAACUCAUAUUAAGAACAGACGAUAUUUUGUUUCUCCUCUCACGAGGGCAGAACCAGCAGUAAGAUAAAGCCCAAAUAAUAGAGAAAGAGAGAUACUGUUGCACCGCGGCGUAGCUCCCAGAGUCACACAGACACGGAAACUUAAAACACGGUGCAGUCCAGCACAAGAACUAAAAAUAACAGUUUAACUCGAUACACUCUAUCUAUAGAGAUCAGUAAAAACAUGCAAUGCAAAAAAAGUGACUCUUUGCCUAAACCGACAAUAACAUUUGCGUUACCU